UCCUCUCCGUCAACUGUCUCUCGGCUUUCUUCUUCUUCAGAUCUUCUCAGUUUUCUCCAUUUUUCAGAUCUACUUUUUCUCCCAGCCCCCCCCUCCUUUUCUCAAACGCAACCCUAGCGCCGCGCCGCGCCGCCCCACGCCACGCCACGCCGCCGACACCGUGACACCACGUACGGUCCUCCACGUCGUCGCAGACUCGCAGGGACAAGACCCAUCUGCUCGUGUUAUUCUUCGGCCGCAGGUCGACGCCCACCUCCACAGUCCAUUGUCAAUUCCGUUACUCCACGCCGUAGAUAUAAAUAAGUUUUUGGGAUAAUGAAUUUUCUGCUGCGACCUGCUCAAAGUGCAGCUGCGGAGGAGCUGUCUGUUCAUGAAUCUCCUGCAGACAUGAAUUAUAAGACAAAACCUGCAGCAACUUUGGAAGGCCUUAUAGCUGGAGAUCCAUAUCCACAGUAUUCCACGGUUGAGGAUCGAAAUGGAGGGUCUGUUGGAGUUGAAGGUGAAAUUGGCAGUGUUGGAGGUCAAUCUGCAGAAAGUGAAUCUUCUUCUGUAGUGAAGCAUUCUGACGUUUCUGAAGAAGAAGGAUGCAUUACCAUUCCAUGUGGUGAACUCCCCGACAAUUGGAAUGAUGCAACAGAUAUUCAUUCAUUACGCAAAAUGGACCGCUCUUUUGUUUUUCCUGGUGAACAAGUUCAUGUCUUGGCAUGCUUGUCAGCAUAUAAGCAGGAUACUGAAAUUAUUACUCCGUUUAAAGUUGCUGCAGUAAUGAGUAAGAAUGGCAAAGGGCAAAGCCCUAUGAAACAAAAUGGAAAAAUGGAAGAUGGAACGAAUUCCAUGUCUGAAGAAGGGAAAAGUCCAGACGGUCAAGAUAUUGAUAAGAAUGACGAAAGGCUAUUAAAAGAGAAGAUUGAUCCUGUGAAGGAUGUCUCUGCUGGUGAAUCCCUUUUAAGAAUGGAAGAUCACAAAAGACAGACACAGAUAUUAUUGCAAAGAUUUGAGAGCUCCAACUUUUUUGUUAGAAUUGCAGAGUCGGGCGAGUCAUUAUGGUCCAAAAAAAUUUAUCCUGAGAAGUCUUCAGAAUCUCUGGGGAUGAAUGGUCAAGAUUCUACUGCAAAUGGAACCCAAAAAACAGCAAAAAGCAUGCCUCAUUUUAAUGCAGUUAUUGAUAGAGGAAAUUUUGAUCCCAAUAUCUCUGGUGGAGUGGCAAGGAAUUUUAUUAAGUGUUGCUCUCUCUCUAGUGGAGACAUAGUGGUGCUUUUGCAGGUCAAUGUUGGUGUUGAUUUUCCAAGAGACCCAGUCAUUGAAAUUCUUCAAUUUGAGAAAUCUCAGGACAGAAAUAUGUCUUUUGGAAGCCAGGACAACUUAGUUUCUGCAACUCAGGACCCAAGUGGAGAACUGUUAAAAUGGUUGCUUCCCUUGGAUAACACUCUCCCUCCCUCUCGUCCUUUAUCUCCUCCUCUAAUUUCUAGUUCAGGAAUUAGUACUUCAUCUCAAAAGUCCACCUUUUCAUCCUCGUCUAGCUCUCAACUCUUUUCUUUUGGCAAUUUUAGAAGUUACUCCAUGUCAUCACUACCUCAAAGUACUACACCACCUCCUGGACCUCUUAAAGUUUCUAGUUCUAAGCCAAGCUUUGACCUUGAAGAUUGGGAUCAGUUCUCACCUCAGAAGCCUUCAAAAAGUCAAAAAGCUGGAGGUGAAGACCUUUUAUCUUUCCGUGGUGUGGCUUUGGAGCGAGAACGUUUUUCUGUUCGUUGUGGACUGGGAGGUAUCUAUAUACCAGGUAGAAGGUGGAGGAGAAAACUUGAAAUUAUUCAACCUGUAGAAAUUCAUUCUUUUGUGGCAGACUGCAAUACAGAUGACCUUAUUUGUGUGCAAGUAAAGAACAUUUCUCCAGCACAUACACCAGAUAUUGUGGUAUACAUAGAUGCUAUAACCAUUUUUUUCGAGGAGGCUUCCAAAGAUGGACCACCCUCAUCAUUACCAAUUGCUUGUAUUGAAGCUGGAAAUGAACACAGUUUGCCUAACCUAGCCCUCAGAAGAGGCGAAGAGCACUCCUUUAUUCUUAGACCUGCAACUUCACUGUGUAAGAAUCUCAAGGUUCAUGGUGAAAGAAGCUCUCUACCAUCACAUUUGCAGGCUGGAAAUACAGCAUCAAGUUUGCAACUUCUCUCCAAGUCCAUUGAAGGAAAGAAGAGUUCUUCAACUGCUGAUCAGUAUGCGAUUAUGGUGUCAUGUCGGUGCAACUACACUGAGUCAAGAUUGUUUUUCAAGCAGCCGACAAGUUGGCGACCACGUAUCUCAAGGAAUUUUAUGAUAUCUGUUGCAUCUGAAAUGUCAGGGCAUUCUCCUUGUUCCAAUGGAGUCUCCCAGCUUCCCGUUCAGGUCUUAACUCUUCAGGCUUCAAAUUUGACAUCUGAAGAUCUUACUUUGACAGUUCUUGCUCCGGCCUCAUUUACUUCACCUCCAUCAGUGGUGUCCUUAAAUUCUUCACCAUCCUCGCCAAUGAGUCCCUUUGUUGGGUUUUCUGAGUUUAACGGAAGGGCAAGGCUGGGCUCAGCACCUCUUGCAUCAGAUGAUCAGAAAGAGAACAGUGAUGGUGGAGCUCGAUCAGUUUCCUUUAAAGAGCAGGCUUCUCCCGCUUCUCAUGUUGUUCCUGGUACUGGUAUGGGUUGUACACAUCUGUGGCUGCAGAGUAGAGUUCCUUUAGGAUGUGUUCCUUCUCAAUCUACGACAACCAUCAAGCUUGAGCUACUUCCAUUGACUGAUGGCAUAAUUACCCUCGAUACAUUACGAAUUGAUGUCAAGGAGAAAGGUCUUACCUACGUCCCUGAGCAUUCACUGAAGAUCAAUGCAACUUCCAGCAUUUCCACAGUGAUUAUAUAGGAUUGAAGAUUUGUAACUAGAAUUCUCACCACAUUAUCUUGAACAGCAGAAAGAAGUUGGAGGUGUUAUCCAGCCAUCAGGCUUGCAGCUUUCCAUCCAGACAACUAGCACCAAGCAAAUUUAUUUUUCCUCUCCUGCUGUAGUUCUCGUUCUCAUGUUAAUUUGUUUGUGAAAUAUAGCUUCACAUUGUGUGCUGUGAAACAUGUUCUUGAGAAUCGGAGUUGUUAUAUACCCUUUGGAGGAAAAGGAUGUACGCUUUGUAGAUUAUCUACUCCUGUGAAAUUUUAACUCAUUUCAUCA